AUGAACCCAGGCAAUCAUGCUGGUAGCCACGGGGUCAGAACGACCAAGAGGGAUGAAGAACCUACAUCCGACCUAUCACUCCCUUCUCGUCAUAAACUGGUUAGCUGGGAAGGGCCAGAUGACGAGCAGAAUCCCAAGAAUUGGCAAAUGAGCACUAAGUGGACCAUUACUGUGAUGGUUUCCUUUUAUGCUUUUAUCUCAUCGGUGUCAUCUUCCAUGAUGGCCCCCGGUCUUGGAACAAUUGCAGAGGAGUUUCACGUUGAGGACGAAAUCGAGUCCCAACUCAUGUUGUCAAUUUUUAUUCUUGCCUUUGCUAUUGGGCCUUUGUUUUUUGCUCCGCUCUCAGAAGUGUAUGGGCGUGUCCUGGUGUUACAAAGUGCGAAUAUGAUCUUCCUCGUGUUCAACAUUGCUUGUGGAGUGUGUCAAUCCAAAGGGCAAAUGAUCGUUUUUCGGUUCUUCGCGGGGCUUGGGGGUAGUGCGCCACUAACAAUUGGUGGGGGUGUAUUGGGCGACUUAUUUCCGCCCGAGCAGCGUGGUAAAUCCAUGGCAAUCUAUACUCUCGCGCCGUUGCUCGGACCAGCUGUCGGGCCCAUAGCAGGAGGGUUCAUCAGUGAGAACAUUCCUUGGAGAUGGAUCUUCUACACAACUUCCAUCGCAGACGGUAUUCUGCAGCUUACGUCGCUCCUCCUACUGCGCGAAACAUAUGCACCUAAGCUAUUGAGAGACAAAGCCCGAAGUCUUCGCAAGGCAACCGGCGACCUUGAACAUCAGACUGAAGCUGAGAGGGAGAGUCACGGAACCUUUUGGGGCAAGUUGAGAGUUUCACUAGUUCGGCCAUUCCGACUUUUGGCCACUCAGCCUUUGAUUCAGUUCCUUGCUGUAUAUAUGGCCUUCCUGUACGGCCUGGUGUAUCUAGUCUUGUCAUCUUUCCCCUCCCUCUGGACGAACCCGGCCUACUACAACGAGUCUGUUGAGAUCGGCUCACUUCAUUAUAUUGCUUUGGGGAUAGGGUUCUGGGGUGGCUCUCAAAUCUGCGCACCGCUAAAUGAUAGGAUUUAUCGAAUUCUGACUGCUCGAAAUGGCGGAGUAGGACUACCUGAGUUCCGAGUGCCGCUAAUGGUAAUCUCAGCGACUCUGACUCCAAUCGGCCUAUUCAUAUAUGGCUGGUCGGCACAGGAGCGUACACACUGGAUCAUACCAGAUAUCGGCGCCUGCCUUGUUGCCAUUGGAAUUAUCAGCGGCUUCCUCUGCAUCCAGACAUAUGUUGUUGAUGUAUACACAAAAUAUGCGGCCAGCGCGUUGGCUGCUGUGGUUUUCCUUCGGUGCUUGGCUGGUUUUGGAUUCCCUUUGUUCGCACCAUAUAUGUACGACAAGCUACAUUAUGGGUGGGGGAAUAGUCUAUUAGCUUUUGUGGCGAUCGGACUCGGGGUUCCAGCGCCCUUGAGUCUCUGGAAAUUUGGGGCUAGGCUUCGAGCCAUGAGUACAUAUGCGGUAGGUUGA